UGGGCCACAGUUGUAUCCGUGGCCACGGAUCGUAGUAGACCAUGUGGUGUAGCGGAACAGGCUUCAUUUCAGGUGGGACAAUGUUGACAUGAUCAGUUCUUGGAAAAGAUAAACAUGUCCUCAACACACCACGUAACGGUGAUCGAGGAAUGGCUGGACUCCAAUCCAGAUGCCAUGAGCGAGUACUUUCUUCGCAAAGCGGACAUCGUCCUUGUAAAUAAAUGGCUUGUACAGCACGGAUUUAGCGCCCUACAGGAGUACAGCUUACCUGCAAGACACAACUCUGCCUCCAAUGAAGGAAGCAGCCCAAGUUCCCCUAUAGAUCUCAAGUGUGGAGAUUCAGGAUUCUUUGAUUCUAGGCAUCACAGAUCCAACUCAAAGAAACACCUGCGGCAUGACUAUGCCAGAUCUAAGAUGCGGAAUAUGUUCAGAACUUAUGAACCGACGUCAAGCCCUGAAUCUGCAACAGAAGCCAGAAGAAGUAGUUUGAAAGAAAUGCGACAGUUCCGUUCCCUUCCCCCAAACUCUGUAAACAUGCUCAGUUUAUUAAUUCAGUCCAAAGUGAGAUUACCACGCUAUCCAAGCAAAGACAUAGAUUUGAAAAGAGAAUUAAGGCACUCCAACGAACGGGAAUUCUUUCUGGAAAUUGUCAAGGAUAUAUCCAAUGAUCUCGAUCUAAGGAGUCUUAGUUCCAAGAUCGUUGCAAAUGUUUGCUUACUUGUCGAUGCGGAAAAAUGUUCCCUUUUCUUUGUGGAGGGAAAAGCAUCUGGAAGACACAACCUUGUGUCAAAAAUAUUCGACGUUCACUCUGGGACAAAUAUCAUGCCAUCAAGCACUGGAGAUAUACGAAUACCAUGGGGAAAAGGGAUUAUAGGUUACGUGGCUGAAACUGGACACACCGUCAACCUUGAAAAUGCAAGUGAGGACCCUCGCUACAACGAUGAAAUCGGAAGAAUUACUGGUUACAGGGCGGAGGCCUUGUUGUGUCAGCCAAUCAAAAAUGCAGAUGACGAAAUCGUGGGUGUGGCUCAGGUCCUCAACAAAACAGGAAGUGAGAAGGUCUUCACCAAAGAUGACGAGAAUUUGCUGGCAACGUACCUGACGUUUUGUGGAAUAGGCAUUCACAACGCUCAAAUAUUUGAGGCAUACUCCAAGGAAUAUGAGCGAAAUAAGGCACUGCUGGAAGUAGUCCACGCUCUCUGCGAAGACCAAACCUCCCUCGAGAACGUCAUUCUGAAGAUUAUGCAGAGGGCACAAACACUGCUAAAAUGUGAGAGAUGUUCGGUGCUGCUCAGGGAUGGAACUACCGAGGUCGGUUCUUCCACAUCUUUCAACAAGGUCUUCGAUUUGGCCUGCCCAUUCAGAAACGGACACUCAGCAAUAAGACGCAAGAUGUUCCUAAAGCCCAACAGCGGAGACAGUCAAGCAAAUACCUUCUCCAGUGCUGAAAGCUGUUCUGAUCUCAAACUCGGAAACAAGAUCGCUGAACUGGUUCUCAUUACUGGCGACACAAUCAACAUUGCUGACGCCUACCAAGACGCUCGAUUUGAUCCAGAGAUUGACAAAGUGAGUGGCUUCCACACAAGAAGUAUUUUGUGUAAGCCGAUCAGAGACAAAAACUAUCAAAUCAUAGGUGUAGCUCAAGUUGUCAACAGAACAGAUGGACUGCCUUUUGACGACCCUGAUGAUCAACUGUUUGAGGCUUUCUCCAUUUUCUGUGGUCUGGGAAUCCAUAACUGCUUGCUGUACGAGGAGGUGUCCUUAUCAGCUGCCAGACAAGCAGUUGCCCUGGAGACAUUGUCCUACCAUGCUGGCGUAUCAUCAGAUGAAGUCACUGAAAUCAAAGCACAGAAAAUACCAGAGGAAUUUGAAUGGCGGCUUGGGGAUCUAAACUUCAAUGACUUCUCCCUCAACCGGGAUGAGAUGGUACUGGCAGCUGUGCGGAUGUUCCAUGACCUUGGGCUGAUCCGGAAGUUCCGGAUGGAAUACGAUACACUGUACCGUUGGCUGCUGACUGUGAAGAAGAACUACAGGGUGGUGGCCUACCACAACUGGAGGCAUGCAUUUAAUGUGUGCCAGGUUAUGUUUGCGUUAAUGAGUAAAUGCAACAUCCGUAAGAACCUGAGUGACAAGGAGUGUCUUGCUCUGAUUGUGGCCUGUCUGUGCCACGAUCUGGACCACAGAGGAACGAAUAAUGCUUUCCAACAGAAAUCGAGUUCUGCCUUGGCCCAACUGUAUGGAACAAAGGCAACGUUGGAGCACCACCACUUCAACCACGCCAUCAUGAUCCUCAACAGCGAUGGUCAUAACAUUUUUUCCAACUUUAGUUCAGAAGAAUACAGCGAAGUCGUUAAUAUUCUGAAGCAUGCAAUCCUAGCCACAGAUCUGUCCCUCCAUAUACAGAGGGUGCGGGACAAAUUCUUCACUAUGGUGAACCAAGGUGACCAAGCCUGGGAUGACAGAGAAUCUAAGGAAAUAUUACGGAGCAUACUGAUGACAUGCUGUGAUAUCGCUGCCAUUUCCAAGCCCUGGGAUGUUCAGAGAAGGAAUGCGGAACUUGUGAUGACAGAAUUCUUUGACCAAGGAGACAAAGAGCGCAAUGAACUCAAAAUACAGCCACAGGCAUGCAUGGACAGAGAAAAACAAGAUGAGAUUGCCAAGCUGCAGCUAGGCUGGAUUGACGGAAUUUGCCUUCCCCUGUAUAAGCAUUUGGCUAGGAUGGACCCGAUGUUCCAAGAGAUGGUAGACGGGGUUCUUGGAAACAGGGCACGCUGGGAAAUACUUGAUGCUGAACGUUUGUCAAAGACAGCAAUAUUGGAAACUGGAGUGUAAUCGCUUAUGCACUCAGUCGUUGCCAUUAUCCUUCGUGAUGAGGAACUGGAUUUCAAGGACCAGUGUUCUGCUUCACAAAGUGAGCGGAACACCGAGUGAUUUUCGUCAACGGAAAUGUAACACUUAAAUACGAACAUUCUAAUCACUUCUUUACAUCGUGGCAACUGUCAUGGGGCCUACAAACCUACUUCAAAUUGGAGAUGUUUGUUUUCAUGUUGUUUAUUGCCUCACGCCAAUAUUCCAGCUGUGUGACGGCGGUCUGUAAAUAAAUCCGGUCUGGAACUGAUCAUCCUGUGAUUGACAUCAUGAGCAUCGAUCUACGCAACUGGCAUGCGAUGACAUGCAUCAACCAAGUCAGCGAGGCUGAUCAACUGAUCCCUUCUUACGAUAAACAGAAUUGUUGUACACCAAUUCUAAUCCCUAUCUUCAUGGGGAGAAAUGAAGACAAGUGCUAAAUACAGAUCGAUGCGGACUCAUGAUACUAUGUGCACAUUGAAAAGAAUGAUUUUAUUGAUUUUUUUUUCGUAUUUUAUUACAUGCCUUUGAACACGAUUAUUGCGAAUACUUCAUACGAAGCGCGCUUGAAGUUCAAACAUGAAGGAUCUGUGAUUUGUGAGAAGUCGACCUCUGAUGUAUCUAAAUGUCAUAUACUGAGUUGGAGUUUUCCGAAUGCUUGCAUUUCACUAUCCAUAUGAACAUUAAAGGAAAGGUACAUAUGUGAUAUGAUGUGAGUUGAUAAAAUUCACCUGUUGUUAUAUCACACAUGAAUAUGGAUGCUACAAGUCAUUUCCCGAAGAUAUGAGCAAUGUUCGUGAUGAUACUUCAGAGGCAACUCCAUGGUUAAAGUCUUCACUCCUCACGAGGAUUUUGUGUCCCCUGCUGUGAUGAUAUUUGAAUAUUGAUAAAGGCGGCGUAAAACAAUAAUGAUGAUUUGAACCCGAAAAGUAUAGUAUAACACAUUCAUUCAUAUAAUUAUGGUAAUGAAUGCAUACUUUUUAGGCUCAUAUGGAUAGUAAAUGUCCGGUAUUAACAAAGGAAUAGAAUUGUCUCUCAAAAGUCUCAAAUACUAAGGUGUCUCCAUAACUACUAUGUGUUUUUUCCUUAUUCAAUUCAAAUUAAUUCAUUUAUGAGUUGUAAGGUUGUUUAGGUUUUCAGGUAAUACAUUAUCUUAACCGUUGCAAGGUGCAAGAUUUCAUUUUCAGCCAGUCACAUCUCAGAUAUUAAGACACAUAUUUGUAUGGGUAUUGAUGGCAUAUUCAUAAGGGUAUCUCUGCAGUGAUGGACAAAACUCACUGAAUGACUGUAAAAUUUUUGGGGUACCUUUCAAAUAUUUUACUGUUUGGGGUAUUGUUGAGACAACUGCUGCAACGUGUACAACAAAAUGCGGAAAACAGUGUGGAUUAUAAGACCUGAUUAUAAGCAUGUAAAUUGAUUAUCAGACCGGAUUGUAAGCAUGUAAAAGAAGAGAAAUCCCAUUGGACGCCCAUACAUAUAUCUCUUUGUCCUGAGAAAAUAUGUGAUAUAAUGCACUGCUAGUAUCACAUACAAAUAAAACUUAUUUCAUUCAAAUGUUUUAUGGUAAGGAGACUUACAACCAAACAAUUAUAUUUCAUUCAAAUGUUUUGUCCCUUUUUGGAGAUUCAAGAGUUGUCUCAUUACAAUUCAAAUGUGUUUAUACAUGUAUUGCUUGCAUGCAUCUAUGAAAAGAGGUAUGCAUUUAGCAUUUCAAAAGAAUAUGACCAAGGAGCUGUUAUGCUGAAGUUUUGUAUGUUCAGACAUGUAUGAGUGAUUGCAGUCGGCAUUUGUUUCGUUUCUUCAUGAAUAAAAUAUGUUAA